AAAUCACAUGACCCGAGCCCGUAGCUACUUGUAUGAACACAAUAUGGCUGUCUGGUUGUGGAGUUAUUAUUUCUGGCUGUUAUAUAUAUUUGCUGCGUUGCUUGAACAGUGCUUUGCAGAGAAGAAUACAAUACUAGAUAACCCCUCUUUGCAGGUGCUGGGUUUCCGGCUGGAGGAAUCUGAGAGAAGCCCGGUGUCCAUGCGGGAGGGGGUGAUUCGAGCCCCACCGGGGGCCACUCUUCGUCUGCGGGUAUAUGGUAUUGGCUUAGAAUCGGAGACGUGGCCCUGGGUUCGCAUCUCCGAGGAGGGCGGGACAAGGGCGGAGUCAGGAGUUACGUGCCACAGUGAGGACUUGUCUGUGUUGCAAGACUUUGAGGUAGAUGGUAACUACACAGGGCUAGUAACUAUACGUGCUCCACUGAAGAAAGAUACCGGUUUUGGGAAGCGGUACUGCAUAUGUAGUCGGGUGGGCCCUGGGGAUCGCUGGAUACCACUUGGUGGAAGGAAUUCAUUCCUGCUACAGUUGGAGGAAGGACCUACACUGGUGGAGCGGGAGGGACUCCCACUGUGGGCUCUUAUCCUUUGUAUUGCACUUCUUGUGAUGCUCUCUGCCCUCUUCAAUGGGUUAAAUUUAAGUCUUCUGUGGCUUGAUCCACUGGAGCUCUAUAUCAUUCAAAACUGUGGCUCAGAGAAGGAGCGCAAGGGUGCAAAACGCAUCGAGCCUGUGCGCCGGCAGGGUAAUUUUACCCUCUGUUCUUUGCUGCUGUUAAACACAUUGGCUAACUCUGCACUUGGGGUUCUUUUUUACUAUGCCUUCAACCUUAUUGCCCCAGCUGUCUUUGUUUGUGCUGCGUUUUUGUUGCUGGUGGCUGAAAUUCUCCCCUAUGCCAUUAGUUCCCGUUAUGGCUUUUAUUUAUCUACCAAGACCCUGUGGUUGACACACAUUUUCAUGCUGCUUACUUUCCCCAUUUCUUUUCCUCUUGGGAAGUUGCUGGAUGUAAUAUUACAACAGGACAUCAGUACCAACUUUGUGAGGGAGAAGAUUUUGGAUAUGUUGAGGACCACUGACCCCUAUACUGAGUUUGUUAAGGAGGAAUUCAGUCGGGGUGCCUUAAGGAAUAAGACUGUAGAAGAUAUACUCACACCGCUGCAUGAUUGCUUCAUGUUGAGUGCAGAUACAACUCUUGACUUCAAUUCCAUGUCUGAGAUUAUGCAAAGUGGCUUCACACGUAUUCCUGUCUAUGAAGAAGAUCGGUCCAAUAUUGUACAUAUCCUUUACUUAAAAGAUUUGGCCAUGGUUGACACAGAAGACUGCACACCCUUGAGCAGGAUCACAAAAUUCUACAGCCAUCCGCUUCAUUUUGUCUUUAAUGAUACUAAGCUGGAUGCAAUGCUAGAAGAAUUUAAGAAAGGUAAAUCUCAUCUGGCCAUUGUGCAGAGAGUAAACAAUGAAGGUGAAGGUGAUCCAUUUUAUGAGGUCCUAGGUUUAGUCACCCUUGAGGAUGUCAUUCAAGAGAUAAUCAGAGCAGAAGUCCUGGAUGAGUCAGACACAUAUGUUGAAAGUAAAGUGAAGAAAAAACCUGCUGUUACAGAUACCCCACUUGAACGCAAGAAAGAAGAAUUUUCACUAUUCAAAAUCCCGGAAGAGGAGUUGAAAGUUAAAAUUUCAACUCAGCUCUUACUUGCCACCCAGCGUUUCUUAUCAAGAGAGGUGGAUUUAUUUAAUCCAUUGCGCAUCUCUGAGAAAGUUCUGCUCCACCUCUUGAAGCACCCCAGUGUCAACCAGGAGCUGAAGUUCAAUGAAAAUGAAAAAAUGGCACCAGAUCAUUUCCUGUACAGGCGCAACCAUCCUGUAGACUACUUCAUUCUUAUACUCCAGGGCAGGGUAGAGGUCGAGAUUGGAAAGGAAGGUCUGAAAUUUGAGAAUGGAGCAUUUACUUAUUACGGAGUAUCUGCCCUGACUGCCCCUUCAUCAGUUCAUCAGUCUCCAGUCUCUACUACAUUCCUCACUCGCCGAGACCAGAUGGAUGUCGGAGAUGCCUCUAACUACUCAAUGUACUGUCCUGACUACACAGUUCGAGCACUCACAGACCUGCAAUUCAUAAAGGUUACCAGGUUUCAGUAUUUAAAUGCACUAAUGGUGUCAAGGAUACAAGUCUCACCACAGUCUCCAGAGAGCAUUGAAUUGAAGACUUUGCCCAACAGUCAGACCAAGCUUCUUAACAGCAAGAAUGCAGCAACAGUGGGUGAAGACGAAAGUCAUACUUUCUUGGGGUCGUUCUUUGGUAACAGUUUCAGCCAGUUGUUUCACAAAGCUCUGGAAAAGUAUGAGUAAACAGGACCUGAAUAUACUGGAGGAAGAAAGCUCUGGUUGGAAUCCCAGUGUCUGACAAAAGUGAUCUUCAGUCAGGAGUCUACAGAACCAGCUGGAGCUGCCUGUUCAUUGGCACCUGUAGCUUGUCCUCACCAUUCUUCUGCCUGGUGUUCGUCAGUGCCACGUUUUAGAUGGUCUCAUAUAUUUAAAGAUGCUGAUUCUUAUAUGCUGUAUCGAGGAGUAUGUAUGUGAAUGCCUCAUGUGGUCAUAUGGAGAGAACUGGAGCAUCCCCAUGUGGCUUCUAUGCGUUGCAUGUGAAAAAUGUUCUGCCUCACAGACUGAGAAAAUAUGGAUUGCAUUUUUGCUAGAAAUAUGGCAGAAGUUGCAUCUCAUGUGAGUGACUUGUUCCUUUAGGUUUAUUAAAAGAGUACAUUCUGAAUCUUAAGCCUGAUUUUAUAUACUUUUCAGGUCGUGUUGCACAUGUUAAUGAUUUCCCCUUCAGUAUCCUGCAAGAUCUGUCCCUUUUAAGGAACGGUUUCAUCUCUUCAUACAGACCCCAGUGCCUGGCAGCAUGCACAGUAUUGUUCCAUUACUAAGUGUGAGGACCUGGAUCGCUGUUUCAUUCUUUAUGCUGCUCAUUGAAAGAGAAGUUCUCAAGUAUUCUCAGCAGUGUGAAGCUUGAUGUGCCAUUUUUGUGUUAAGGUUUUGUUUGUUUACUUUUAUAAUUAGAAAUCCCAUUCAGAGAGAGAUUUGUAUUCUUUCUUGGUGCUAUCUGUUGUUUGUCACUCCAGAUGGGGAUCAGUCUGACUGAGAAACAUUGUUCUUGAACCCGAGUUGAUUAGAUGUGUUCCAUACCACUCCCGUCUUGGUAUUUUGGUAGUGUUUACCUUGAAGGCAUGUUACUUCCCAUUCUCCUUUAAAAAAGUUUCCUGUAAUAUGUCCGUUAUAGUCUUGCCAUUGUGUCCAUUUGUUGUCUGCUUUUUUUGCGACCAUUUAAUGUGUUUGUGUGUGUGCAACACACAAACUGAUUCUGAUAUUGCGUAUUGUGAGACCAUGUGUUUAUUUUCUUGUAGCAACACAACUACACUUACAUAUUUCUUCAAAGCAAAUAUGACAGUUGUAUACAGUAUAACCUGCUGAGACAUUAUUUUGGUGUUGGUGUGUUCAGUGGUGGCAUGCACCUUGUCUCUAGUCACUUGCAUAUCAACACACUUCAGAGCAGAGUACUUCUUGUGUAAUAGAAUAUGUGGGAGUAGCUCAAAGCCAAAGCAGGCGAAAAUGAGAAGGUCUAAAGUGGCAAAGACCAAAUAUGAGGAAUGCCACAAAACUUAUUAACAAUACCCCAAAACUGCAAAAUAAGGAGGCUUUGUUGUUAGCUUGGCUCCAAAAUUGCAAAAUAAGAAGGCUUUGUUUUUAGUUUGGCUCCAAGUAUUUGUGCUUUCUCCAAGAUGUAUGUAGUUUACAGUGUACAGAGUACAGUGGAGGAGACUUGCCUUUCUGCAAAUGCUUUUUUUUGUGUUUACUUUUCCAGAACUCACUGUAUAUAUAAUUUUAAUUGAUUUAUUUUUUUAUGUAUUCUGGCAGAUCCACAAAAAUAGGUUAUUUGUCAGACGUGUACCGCAAGUAAAAAGCCUCACUAGAACAUAUAUUUUGCUAAAUUUCCAGUCAGGUGUCCAAGUUCGUUCACUGGCUUUGAAGUGUCACACAUUUUCAGAGUUCUGAAAGCAGUGGUACAGAGUAUUCAAACUCCGUUGAUGGUAAUUUAAAUAUUGUGUUUCACUGUGCUUUGUAUAACUUGUUGAGUGCAGAAAUCUGUAGCUGCUGUAUAUUAAUCUCAUCGAUUUGUUGAUUCUCUUGCAAUAUAUUUGCAUCGUGUCAUGUAUGUAUGAUUGAGUAACAUUCUGCUAUCAGAGCCAUAAUAGCAGAGCAAGUUAAUAUUGCAUGUGCCUUAACAGCCCGGAACUAGAAUUCUUUUACUGUAUCGUGCUGUCUUCUGAAGUAUGCUGCAGUACCUGCUUGGUAUCAGCAACUUAGUGCCACACCUGUCUUGUAUCAGAAACAUAGUACUGUUAUCAGAAAUGCUACAGCUUUCAUUUCAUGUGCAAAAUGUGGUAUCAGAAAGAUAAAACAUUGGUGCUACUUGACAGACGUGUCAUUGCUGUAAUGACAGAACACUGCAGCAAGACUGUGAUGUUAUAUGUUUUCUGUGGGAAGUGUUAGCUGUCUUAUGUAUCACUUAAAAAGUGACUGCUGUCAGACAUUAUCAGAAAUAAAUGAUGAAGCUAGAACUUACUUCGGGGAAAACCAAGUCUGGGUAUCUGUAGUAAGUCCCCCCCCCCCCCAAAUAAUGUGCACAAGAACAUGGAGGGUACAGUAUGAGUUGGAAUGUAAAUGAGGGAAUCGUGUCCCCCCCCCCCCCCAUUCGGGUUGUGAGCUGAUGGAACGGCCUUUUAUAGGCGAUUACAUGAUGUACUUGAUAGACAGCUAUUGGUCUUGGAAUACUAACUUGUGCCAACCAACAGAUCCACAUUAUAAUCAUGUUACUGACAGUGUUUUCUUUUCAGAAAUGCAGGUUUUGUGUUGCUGUGGUUAACCAUUGGGAUAUUGUCUGAUUUGAUUGAAUCGAUCAUAUGUUUUCCAUUGUCAAAAUCUGUAUUUCUUAAAAAAAAAAAAAAAAAAGACAGUGAAAUUUGUGAUGCACUGAUCUGGGAUCCCUGCCUGCAGCCUCAACAGGCUGCAGGACAAAGAAAAAGAUUCAGAAUAAAGAUAACUGUUUACAGUGUCAGAUCCUGGCUGCAGCUAACUUAGCAAAACUUAACAAAAAGAAAUAAUGUCCCCUUUCCACAGGAAAAAAAAACAAUCAAGUUAAGUGUUUAAGCAGGUCUUUAUUCAGUGAUGGAUGAACUUUUUUGUCUGAUUCAAAACUGACGAUUGAUUAUCAUUCCAGGAAGAAGUACCAGGACUGCCUCAAUAAAGAGGGUUUGGUUGGUGGAAAAUUUAAGCCACCAUUUUUAUAGCCAUUGGAAAGGGGCCACAUGGUAACAUGGAGGCACAAGGUACAGACCGUUUUGACUGAUGGUGGCACAUUACAUAAAACAUUGUCUUAUGUAUAGAAGAUGAUGUUUUGGGCUGUAAACUUCCAACGUCUAAACAUCCAUUAAAUCUGAACCCUGAUUUUCCUUUGAGGAAACAAAGUUGAUUUACAGCUAUUCUAGACAUGCAUCUCUCUUGGUUUGUUGAACUUUUUAAAAUUGUAGAUUUCAUUGACAGAACCUGAAAUGACACAAGAAUUUCAGGUUCCAAAACAGAGACCUUCUGUGUUGCACAUCGCUGACAAUUGGAAUAUAUGAAAAGCAAAGUGACACUUUACUUUCAAGGCACUCUCAAUGUUAAAGUGUUUAGAAAACCUGGGGAUGCAAGUCUCCCUUCUGUAGGCCAUUUGUAAACCACUAUGGAAGCAAUGGGUCAUAAGUGUGUUGAGUGGUAGCCUAAAAUGUAGGAUGAAUGUUGAAAUGCUGACCUGGUCAAGCAGGUCUGCUUGAUUUAUACCUUCUACUUGUUAAGCAACAUAGUAGUGACUUCCAUAAAUGGAGGUGGGUAGGAAGUGAACUAACAGAAGGAAAAAUUGUUGAUUUGCUAUCACAAUAUAAAUAUUUUAGAAAAAAGCUGUAUGUUCACUUGAGUUUAAAAAUUGUUCUUACAUUGUAAAAGUUAUCCUUAUUGUUGUGUGUUAUCUGAGCUUUUACUUGAAUGCAAGAUUUCUAUCUCUGCACUUUUAGUCCUCCACAAAAGUAUCACACAUAGCCUAAUUACAAAUAAAUGACCUACAUGUAUGUGUGUAGUCACCCGUCACUGCAAGGAAAUUCAGUGGAAUACAUCAAAUUGCAGUAUAAGUUAGAAAAUCACAGAGGUGACCAGUUGGAGAUUUAUACCAAAGGCCUUGGUUUAAAAAUCUAAGCAAUUUUUUGUCAGGUACAACUCUUGAGCAGCUCAAGUAGUUGGUGAUUGGCAGGGGGGGAGGGAGCUACUGUUUGGAACAGUGCAAAGCCAGCUGAUGUACGUCUGACAUGGCUACAUGGUCAGGUGUAAGGACAAAAAUGAAGUCUGACAUGUACUGUCAUAGUAGUUCCUCAGACAGCCAUAUUUCCUCAAGCCGUUCCAUUGCUACAUUGUUUUUAAAGUAGACCAAUUGGUUCCUCGGUCACUUUGAAUCCAUGUGUUCUUGUCUUGAAUGUAAUUAUUAUGCCAUUUAUUUUUUCAGUUUGCAUUCAAGAAUUGCAGCUCAUAGAUUUUAGUAUUUUCCUCCUUUUCUUACACUUGUCCUUCCAGGAGCCUACAUUGUGGCAUACAAAAACAGUUGUGUGGCGUGCAUUUGAUAUGACAAAUUAACUUGAUGCCACAAAAGACCCUGAUAAGUUGGUAAGAAAAGAGGUGAUUGCUAGACAUACUAACACUGCAUUUCUUAAUCCCUUUCCCUCUCUUGCUUACCCUGUAGCCUUAAUUGACCAGCCUGAGUGGCAGAGAACCUGAUGUUGCCUACUAACUCACUUCCAAGUGCACAUCUGUUGGACAACAUCAGGAAAUUCUGCCUUGUUUUUGUUCCAUUUUUUUCCCAUUUUCAAAAAACAUUGGAAAAAGGAAUGCUCACGCACCCUUUCCUGCCAGCUUUCUUUUUGAAAUUUGUUGGCUCUGAACAUGUUAGAUCACCAUUGUGAAACCUCUUGUCAUUCAGUGCCUUGAGGGUGCUUAUAGGUUAGUUUUAACCUGACAGUCUGUGGCCUUCACAAAACUUGAAUGCAGUAAUUGCAUGUUGGCAUUUAUAUGUAUUCCUGUAUAGUCCAAUUUCCUGCCCUAAAUAGAGCAGUAGAAAUUUAGAAUCCCAAUAUUGUCUUUAAUGCUCAGGACAUAUAUCAGGUUUAUGGUGUGAGAGGAAGGUGCCCAGGCUUUUGGUAUGCUGGCAGGACGUAACAGCUGCCCUUGGUUAUCCUUGGCAGGUUGUUAAUCUGUUAGUAAUACUGCAACAGUGAUCAAUCAGUCGUCUACUGUACUUAUUCCUUUGUCCAUUUUAAUAUCUCAUUAUACCCUUUAUGUGGUGCAUCUUUGUAUCAUAUAAUUCUUUCUGCCUGGGUAUCACCAUCAAGUUUCAUUGGCACAGUCUAGUACAUUGUACAAUACCAGACUGUACUUUCUCAGAACCACCUUCAGAAUCUGGAAUUACAAGUGUUCCACACUCCAUACCCUCCAGUGCCUCAUGAGGGCAAUGGAAUCCUGAGCCUUCUUUGUAUUUGUAGUCUUUCUUUGUAUGUAUAUCAUUUUUUGGAUAGUCCACUAUUGGUGCCAGUGUCAGAUAUCUGCAGGAAAUCUCUAGCUGAAUACACAGUAGCAUCUUGACUUAGACGUUUUCCCCUUCCUGAAUCUUGACGUUGGAACUUUGGACACAUCUUUAGUGGACUGUCUGCAUCAUUUUUCUUUCUUGGACCAGUAGAAUCCUCUAGAAGGUCAUUUUUCAUAUUGUUGUCCUCGCAAUACAGACAACAGUUAGUGUUGUACAAGCCUUGAUUGAUAGUCCUGCCUCCAGCUGGUUCUUAUUUGGCCCAGCAAAGUUUUGGUUAUUUGGAACCUAAGCAGAUGAAGAUGAGGAAUAUCAAGCUUUCAUCCUUUCCAGAAAAGUUGACGAGUAGGGGAAUAAGCAUUUUCUCAUAACCUUUCUCUUGUCUUUAAUUCAUGAAGCAGAUAAUUGUGUAGUGGUGUAUUUCAUUUGACAGUUUUCUUCCUUUUUGGAUCCAAGCAAAGAGUAACCUCAUGGAGCAACAGUCAGUCAUGGUUGGCUUGAGUCGGGUCUUUGUGUAUCAACAGUAUUUACUUUCCUACCAGGUGUUAGCUUCAUAGGCAAAGAAAGCUAAAGCCCUGACUAUGACCCAGACAACUUGAGUACAGAUAACAACUCCGGCACCUGUUGGACCUGACUUGAAUAAAAGAGGGUUGACAAGGCAUUGCUGCCUGAUUGCCUAUUCUUGGGGAAGAGUGUAUGUUUGUGCUGGGGGUACAGCUGGUUCACAAUCCCAAGUGGUGAUACCAAGCCCAUGACAGAGAGCCAUUGCUUCAGCAAGGUGGCAGGCAGAGAGGAACAAAUAACCACAAAGGUGGGGGCAUUUUCCCUUGUUAUACCAUUACAUACCCCCUGCAUGACAUAGCCCAGCACUUUGUGAAUAAGAAAACCCACAGUACAAACUUGCAGUAUGAUGGCUCCUUUCCUGGACCUAUCCCACUCAGAAGUGUGUGGUAGAAAGAAUUCAGAAAACUUCACCACAGGGAAUUGGAGGCUUCUCUAUUGGUAGGCCUGUCUCAGAAGGAAGACAUCCUCCCCUGUGUUGGUUAAACUGGAGUACUGCUGCAAUGUGAGAAUCUGAGGAUGCCAGUAUUACGAAGCUGGCCACAUGCAUGUGAAGAAAAAAAGUUAAUGUCCUUCUUUGUUCUGGUUUCUGGUCAAAAGGAAGGUAGGAUAGUAAUUAGAUGCACAGUUUCUGGAUUAGAACAGGCCAUUUCCUAUGCGUACAUACUGUUUCCUUUUAAUCUCUCUAAAGCUGGCCAAACUGGGUGCAGACGGAAAUGUACUUUUCUUUUGGAAGUCAGCAGCUUUUCAGUCAGAAGGACAUUUUCCUUCUUUCAGACAAUUGAUAAUUUUGGGUCUCCAAUCUUUAACAUAAACCUGAUACUUUCUUGUUUUUCUAUUGAUGUCUUGGAGACAUUCUGACUGUCUAGGAAAUGUAUGAGUUCUGUGUGUGCUUUAAGUGCCUUUUCCUUUUGAGUACAGCAUAACACCUUUUAUCACUAUCUCACCUGUUGUUCUUGGAUACCUUUCCUAAUUUAGACAUUUGAACAGCUUUUGCCUGAACUACCAAACCAUUAGGAUGCUUACAUAAUGUGCACUUUCCUUUAAUUCGCACAUGAUCUCCCUUCUGUGAAACACAGGUAAAGUAAGCAUUUUUGAAUGGUAGUAGUUUAAUUUAUGCAUCUGAUAAAAAAAGUCUGACUUUGGACAUUGAGAUUUGUAAUUGAAAAUCAUUUCCUUUUCACACACUGAAGGGUAAUUGCAAAUGUUUAUUGGGAAUGCUCUGUUCUUGUUAGGCAUCAUUUUAAUCAGAAACAUUUCUGAAAUUAUCAUGGAACAAAUUUCACUGCAAGAAACUACACAUAGUAUUUCAUGUAUAUUAUAUCCCUUUAAAGAAAUAAUCGGUCUUCAUUUCCUUCCCAAGGUGGUCCUGAUGGUGUUCUUUAACCAGCCUUUCUAUCUGGUUUUCUUUCCAAAAGCAGAUAAUUGAGUUGAAUGCAUCUUCCCCUGUCACACAUAAAAUGACAACUUUAUCAUAUAUUUUCACAAAAUAAAAAAAAUUAAAAAAAUCA